GCAAAGCGGCGUCUAGGGAGAAGCGACUCGUGGCGGUAUUGGCUUGGCGGUAGCGGUCCCGCGGUAGUAAGCAGCAAUGGACCUCGCAGCAGCAGCAGAGCCAGUAGCCGGUAGUCAGCACUUAGAAGUCCGCGACGAGGUGGCCGAGAAGUGCCAGAAACUGUUCCUGGACUUCUUGGAGGAAUUCCAGAGCAGCGAUGGAGAAGUUAAGUACUUGCAGUUGGCAGAAGAGCUAAUUCGUCCUGAGAGAAACACACUGGUUGUGAGUUUUGUGGACCUGGAGCAAUUUAACCAACAACUUUCCACCACCAUUCAAGAAGAGUUCUAUAGAGUCUACCCUUACUUGUGUCGGGCCUUGAAAACCUUUGUCAAAGACCGAAAAGAGAUCCCUCUUGCCAAGGAUUUUUAUGUUGCCUUCCAGGACCUUCCUACUAGACACAAAAUUCGAGAACUCACUUCAUCCAGAAUUGGUUUGCUCACUCGAAUCAGUGGGCAGGUGGUGCGGACUCACCCAGUUCACCCAGAGCUUGUGAGCGGAACUUUCUUGUGCUUGGACUGUCAGACAGUGAUCAAAGACGUAGAACAGCAGUUCAAAUACACACAGCCAAAUAUCUGCCGAAAUCCAGUUUGUGCCAACAGAAGGAGAUUCUUGCUGGAUACAAAUAAAUCAAGAUUUGUUGAUUUUCAGAAGGUUCGUAUUCAGGAGACUCAAGCUGAGCUUCCCCGAGGAAGUAUCCCCCGCAGUUUAGAAGUAAUCUUGAGGGCUGAAGCUGUGGAGUCAGCUCAAGCUGGUGACAAAUGUGACUUUACGGGGACACUGAUUGUCGUGCCUGAUGUCUCCAAGCUUAGCACACCAGGAGCACGUGCAGAAACGAAUUCCCGUGUCAGUGGUGUUGAUGGAUAUGAGACAGAAGGCAUUCGAGGGCUCCGGGCCCUUGGUGUUAGGGACCUGUCUUAUAGGCUGGUCUUUCUUGCCUGUUUUGUUGCACCAACUAACCCAAGGUUUGGAGGGAAAGAGCUCAGAGAUGAGGAACAGACAGCUGAGAGUAUUAAGAACCAAAUGACUGUGAAAGAGUGGGAGAAAGUGUUUGAAAUGAGUCAAGAUAAAAAUCUAUAUCACAAUCUUUGUACCAGCUUGUUUCCUACUAUACAUGGCAAUGAUGAAGUAAAACGUGGUGUCCUGCUGAUGCUUUUUGGUGGUGUUCCAAAGACUACAGGAGAAGGGACCUCUCUUCGAGGGGACAUAAAUGUCUGCAUUGUUGGUGAUCCAAGCACAGCCAAGAGCCAAUUUCUGAAGCAUGUGGAGGAGUUCAGCCCCAGAGCUGUCUACACCAGUGGCAAAGCAUCCAGUGCUGCUGGCUUAACAGCAGCUGUUGUGAGAGAUGAAGAAUCUCAUGAGUUUGUCAUUGAGGCUGGAGCGUUGAUGCUGGCUGAUAAUGGUGUGUGCUGUAUUGAUGAAUUUGAUAAGAUGGAUGUGCGGGACCAAGUUGCUAUUCAUGAAGCUAUGGAACAGCAAACCAUAUCCAUCACUAAAGCAGGAGUGAAGGCUACUCUAAAUGCCAGGACAUCCAUUUUGGCAGCUGCAAACCCAAUCAGUGGACACUAUGACAGGUCAAAGUCAUUGAAACAGAAUAUAAAUCUGUCAGCUCCAAUUAUGUCCCGAUUUGAUCUCUUCUUUAUCCUGGUGGACGAAUGUAAUGAGGUUACAGAUUAUGCCAUUGCCAGGCGUAUAGUAGACUUGCAUUCAAGAAUUGAGGAAUCAAUUGAUCGUGUCUAUUCCCUUGAUGAUAUCAGGAGGUAUCUUCUCUUUGCAAGACAGUUUAAACCCAAGAUUUCCAAAGAAUCAGAGGACUUCAUUGUGGAACAGUAUAAACGUCUCCGCCAAAGGGAUGGUUCUGGAGUAACCAAGUCUUCAUGGAGGAUUACAGUGCGUCAGCUGGAGAGCAUGAUCCGUCUCUCUGAAGCUAUGGCUCGGAUGCACUGCUGUGAUGAGGUUCAACCUAAACAUGUGAAGGAAGCUUUUCGAUUACUGAAUAAAUCAAUCAUUCGUGUAGAGACACCUGAUGUCAAUCUAGAUCAAGAGGAAGAGAUCCAGAUGGAGGUAGAUGAGGGUCCAGGUGGCAUCAAUGGUCAUGCUGACAGCCCUGCCCCUGUGAAUGGAAUCAAUGGCUCUAGUGAAGACAUAAAUCAAGACACCAUUCCCAAAGCUUCCUUAAGACUGGGCUUUUCUGAAUACUGCCGAAUCUCCAACCUUAUUGUUCUUCACCUGAGAAAAAUGGAAGAAGAGGAGGAUGAGUCAGCAUUAAAGAGGAGCGAGCUUGUUAACUGGUACUUGAAGGAAAUUGAAUCAGAAAUAGACUCUGAAGAGGAGCUUAUAAAUAAAAAGAGGAUCAUAGAGAAAGUCAUUCAUCGACUCACGCACUAUGACCAUGUUCUAAUUGAGCUCACCCAAGCUGGAUUGAAAGGCUCCACAGAAGGAAGUGAGAGCUAUGAAGAAGAUCCCUACUUGGUAGUUAACCCUAACUACUUGCUUGAAGAUUGAGAUGUUGAACGUAAUUGACCAGAGCUAAGUCACUGUGCCACACCACCUCCUGACCUGGAGCCUGGAUGGAGCUCUGCUAGGAUGAGAAUUGUUUCUGGGAAUGAUGCUUCAGGAUUUGUUUUGAGAAACAGGAACUGAGGUGAUGGUCCUGUGUAUCACAUCUAUUACAUGCUUUCUAUCAACAUGGGCUUCAGCUUAUUCCUUGUGUAUUUCUUGUCUUAAUGAAGUUGGACCCCCAAUAAUGUGUGGUUUCUGGAACUGAGACCUUCGUUUUCAUGUGAGGAGGAGACCUGUCACUUUCAUGGUAUAUAGUAUCCUAUCAAGGAAAUCACUUUUCCAGUUGCCAACUGCUGCUUUUAUUCAUCAAAAUAAAAUAACUUGUUCUGAA